AUGCCGCUGACGCAGCCCCUGUGGUGCAGGGCCCAUCCAUCACCAGCACCAGCUUCAGCCUUGCUCCGUCGUUCCAUCUUGAGAGGACGACCCCGGUUGACUCGUCCUCCGCUUGCGCGUUCGUCUCCGUCGCAGGUUCGAGUCUUGCGUACAACCGCUACUUCGCUCUUUCGCCCAAGGGGCUCAUAUUCUCCGGCUCAUCCCUGUCCUUUGUCCUCAAAUGUCCGCGCCCGCCCCGUUCCGCCGUUAUCCCUAUUGACCACAUCUACAACUUCCGCCACGACACCAAGCACCACAACUACAUUCAUGGCGGUUCAGACACGCGACCACGGUGGCCACGGCCACCACCACCACCAUCACCAUGGCGGAAACGCAUACCUCACCUCUACCAACACACACGACGCCGGCGUCCGGAUCACGCGCCUCGGCCUGGUCGCGAAUCUUGCAAUGGCGAUUGGCAAAUUCAUUGGCGGUUAUGUUUUCCAUUCGCAAGCUCUGAUUGCUGAUGCCUAUCAUGCUCUCACGGAUUUGGUUUCGGACUUUCUCACACUGGGUACUGUCGCGUGGUCGCUGAAGCCUCCGAGUGAACGGUUCCCGAACGGUUACGGGAAGAUUGAGAGCAUCGGUGCGCUAGGAGUAAGCGGGCUUCUUCUCUGCGGAGGUGUUUUCAUGGGUUUGAAUUCCGGACAAGUUUUGCUGGAUCAGUUCUUCCCCGAGGCAGCGCAGGCGAUUUCUCAUUUGGAUCUGGGCCACGGCCACAGCCACUCUCACAGUCAUGGAGUUGAUGUUCUCGGGCCUAGCAUUCAUGCUGCCUGGCUCGCGGCGGGUUCCAUUAUUGUGAAGGAGUGGCUUUACCAUGCUACCAUGAAGGUCGCCGUUGAACGCAAAUCGUCAGUUCUCGCGUCGAACGCUAUCCACCAUCGAGUCGACUCCCUCACAAGUAUCGUUGCACUAUUCACAAUCGGCGGAAGCUAUCUGUUCCAGGACGCCUCCUGGCUGGAUCCCGUGGGCGGCCUGCUCAUUUCACUCAUGGUUAUCAAGGCAGGAUGGGGCAACACUCGUACCUCGCUCCUAGAACUGGCGGACACCACCGUUGACGACGAGAUCAAGACAGCUGUUCAAAAGGCCGCAGCCAAGGCACUCGCUACGAUAAACGAGGGCGGCCAGGUCAAAAUUCGCGACGUACAAGGCAUGAAGUCGGGGCAGAACUACCUCAUGGACGUUGAAUUGGCUGUACCAGGGGUAUGGUCGAUUCAACGCUCGAGGGAGAUCGAAGAACGAGUUCGAGCGACCAUUGGAUCCAGCCUCCGCGGCGUCAAGCGCGUCAAGGUCCGGUUUAUCCCCCUUGAACAGGAAAGUCUAGACUUUUCCGAGGAGUUUAUCGCUCCUGAAGUCAUCAGCCAAGCAAAUCCUGAGCCCGAGGAUGGUGUUGAGGAAGAGGCGCACGCUCACCACGAGAAUGAGCAUGGGCACGAACACAAACACGGUCACGAGAAUUCCACCCGGAGACGGCGUUGA